CACGAGCGGCGGUUCUCUGAGAUGAGUCUGUAGAAACCAGCUCACACACCGCUGGGGUCUCACAUUCACACCGAGACCACGCACAGAACAUCAGCUUCUCCAGCGCACACACACACACACACACACACACAGACGAGAGAAGAUGGCUUUUGAGAAACAGAGACAGCAGCAGGCGCUCAUCCUGAGCAGAGAGGUGAAGGGAGGUCUGAAUUUGGGAAAGAAGAUCAGCGUUCCGCGGGAUGUCAUGAUGGAGGAGCUGAACCUCACCUCUAACCGAGGAUCCAGAAUGUUUCAGGAGCGUCAGAGAAGAGUGGAGAGAUUCACACUGGAGAGCACAGCCGGCUCUCCCCUCCUCAUUUACAAUGACAUGGAACCGAAACAAAACCAGAAUCAGAUGAUGACAGACAUGGAGGGAGGGAAAGAAAACCUGAGAUAUGGAGCGGCUGGAAAACACAGUCUGGCCACCACUCUGAAGAGCACCGUGGCAAAGAAGGGCAACCCCAGCGUCCUGGCACCAGGUUACGCCGGGCCCUUGAGAGAGAUCCCUCGCGAGAAGUUUAACUCCACAGUCAUCCCAAAAUCAUACUGCUCACCGUGGCAAGAAGCUCUGGGAGAGAGCGAGGAACUUCUGUCCUCACUCGACGCCCAGCUCUCUCAAACUCCAGAGAAACUCCCUCCGGCUAACUACAGGUGCUUUAACAGAGCUGCAGUGCCGUUCGGAGGUCCAGUGUGCAGUCACAGGGUGAUUCCUAUUAUUAGGUUCGAACAACCUGAGAUUCACAAUCUCCCCACCGUGACCCUGGCCACGAUGUCCAAACGGCCCAACUUCAACAGAGCCCCUCGGGGAUGGGGCGUCGGAUACUCGCCCGAGUCCAACGACCUGUGAACCCGCUGCACGUCCACGCCUGCCGUUUCACAUUUUCAAAAGAAAAGACUACGGUGCCGUCACCACCCGUGCUUUGCUCUUUUGGACUGAACCGCUAUGUAUCCUACAGGUGAAAGGUCAGAGGGAACCACGCUUGACAGUGCACAUGAGGAUGAAGAGAAACAGUAAAGGACAGAUGGUUUUAGCUCUGUGCUUACAAAUAGAAGCAGUUGCUCGCCUAGAGAAACACAAGACAACCGUUCAAAGGUUUAACUCAAGAAAUAAUAAAUAACUUGUAGAUAAAACGUAUUCAUAUCAGACAUACAUGAUAUUGCCUGACACAAAACAUUCGAUGAGGUACAUAUCAUGGGGGUGAGGUGUAUAGAUGACGUUUGUGUAGCCCAUUUCAGGUAUGCAGUGCAACAAAUGUUACCGUUACAUCAAUAUCGCACAGUUUCUAAAAUAUAGAAAGGGUCUUUACAGAAACUAAAUGAGCAGGUAUUCUGUUGUCUUUUCUUAUCAUCUUCUUGAAAACAAUGCCCUCAAAUACUAGGUCUUACUGUUGAUUUUGGUCUGAGAUACGACCUAGACGAAGGGUUUUUCAAACUGGGGUCCGGGGACCCCCAGAAGGUUGCAGGUGGUCCCCAGAAAUUUCAGGGAAAAGGAUAAUGCAAAAUUUGAAUAAGUCUACUGAACAUUAUUAUUGUUUGUGUUUUUUGAUACAAGCGUAGUGUCCAGAAUUCUUUAUAUUUGUACCCAUCUAGUUCGUCUCCUCUCACUAGUUCCUUUUUUCGCAUGCAAAGUUAAGGUUGCUACAGUACACACAUCUUACAAGUGUAGGUUUGAAAACAUUAGGUCUUUCUUAUCACAUUUACUAUUUAACUAUUCAUUAUACAUCAAACAAUUAUUUUAAAAUAUUAUGUUUUAGAAAGGGGAUCCUCACCAAAGGUUACCUUAUUUGGGGGUCCUUGGCAUCAAAGUUUGAAAACCCCUGACCCAGACUGUUCCUGACCGGUCUCAUGACGUUGACUAACGUAUCAUCUCAAACUACUGGUAUUUCACGAGUGCACUUUUAAGUGUGUAAACUUAGAGCACACGGCAAACAUUCAUGACAGCUGCCUUAAUGUUGACAAACGAUGACAGAAACACUCAGCCCCUUUAGAAAGUCAUUUCACUGUUCAGGGUAUCAAA